CGCGCGAGCAGCACCACAAACCCACCUCUCUUCAUUUCUUUAUCAGCGCUCCAGCAUCAUGCUUUCUCACUCGGACUUCACACAAACGGAUUAACUCUCAUUAAGAGCUUUGGCUAGAGCAUUUCUGGCUGGAUUUAAAUGAAAAUCACCUUUGGAUUACUUUGUACAAGCGGAUUUUUUUUUGGCGUCAGUCUCUGAUAAAGAAGAGGGACGGAAAGACGGAAUAAGUGCCAUGGCUUUUGGCUUUUAAUUAUAACUGUGUCAAGAAGCAGUGGGGUCAGCGAGCACCUGCAUCAGUGUCUUCUGGAUCUUAUUGUACAGCAUGAAGCGAACCUUCCCUUCCCUCCCGCUUUGUCUCCUCACAUUCCUGCUCCUGUCUCAGCAGUGCACAGGAAUCAGAUGGCUGGCGCUAUCACAGACCGCACAACACAUCAACAAGACCCAGCACUGCAAGACGUUGCCAGGCCUCGUCUCCUCUCAGGCUCAGCUCUGUAGGAGUAACCUGGAACUCAUGCAAACCAUCAUCCAAGCAGCACGGGAGGUUAAAAAGGUCUGCCAAAAGACCUUCACAGACAUGCGCUGGAACUGUUCCUCUAUUGAUGGACCGAAAUUCCUCCCAGACCUGGAACGAGGAACAAGGGAGUCUGCAUUUGUGUAUGCGCUCUCCGCAGCUGCUAUAAGUCACACUAUAGCACGCGCCUGCACCUCUGGAGACCUGAGGCUGUGCUCGUGUGGGCCGAUCCCAGGUGAAAUCCCCGAGCCGGGCUACAGGUGGGGCGGCUGUGCUGAUAACAUACAUUAUGGUCUCCUCAUGGGCUCCAAGUUUUCUGAUGCCCCAAUGAAGAUGAAGAAGAAGUCUGGCUCUCACGCCAACAAGCUCAUGCAUCUUCACAACAGCGAAGUGGGCAGACAGGCUUUGCGAGAUGCUUUGGUCAUGAAGUGCAAAUGCCACGGUGUUUCUGGUUCCUGCUCCAUACGGACCUGCUGGAGGGGCUUACUGGACCUAAAGGACAUCGCCAUAGAUCUAAAGACCAAAUACUUGUCCGCAACUAAAGUGGUCCAUCGGCCAAUGGGAACACGCAAGCAGCUCGUCCCGAAAGACAUCGACAUCCGGCCCGUGAGAGAGAAUGAGCUGGUGUAUCUGCAGAGCUCACCAGAUUACUGCAUGAAGAACGACAAGUUGGGCUCUUUCGGGACUCAGGACAGGCAGUGCAAUAAGACAUCCAGCGGCAGCGACAGCUGUGAUCUGAUGUGUUGCGGCCGAGGCUACAACCCUUACACGGAGCGAGUGGUGGAGCGAUGCCACUGCAAAUACCACUGGUGCUGCUACGUCACCUGCAAGAAGUGCGAUAAGACUGUGGAGAAAUACGUCUGCAAAUGAGCUACUGGACAUAUCAAGACAUUUCCUUUCUGUUAUAUUCAGCCUGGGUGUGGAGCGUAAAUUACUCGGACACAGAUUUACCAAAGCAUGGCUUACUUCUGUCUUAUGCGUAUCUGCUUUCGAGAAGAGGUUUAUUUUUGGGCUUUAUGAAGCUGGACGUUAUUUUUGUACUUUUGUUUUUUUUUUCUACUGCACAACAAUUGAACAUCCAAUUUACCGUCCUCAAGAGGGUUUCUAUUUUUAUGCCUCGUUUUUAAAGAAAUAUAAAAUCAUAUGCGCCUUAAUUCAGAUCUUACGAUUCUAUUUUCUUACACAAUACACAGAAAGGUACAUUUGAUCUGUUUUGAUGCUUGACGUUCAUUUUUAGAAGCCAAAUGUUUGAUGUUCUGGAGGAUUCCACAUUCCAAGUUCUAAGGGAUUCAAAACUCAAGAUGGUACUUUACGCUCACUGACAAAGGGAACUUGAAACUUGCGGCUCUUGGAUGAGGAAUUUGGUUCUUGAGGGAGAAACCUGUAUUUAUUCCACAUAUAUGAGCAAGGACAUUGGACUGUACGUGUAGUGCCUUGUUAUAUUUUUAUCCAGCAUAAAAAGAAACGGCAAAACCUCUCUGAGCAUGUGAGCAGAGUACGUGGCUCACGCUUUGCGGCCUUCGUGAACCACUUUUCUGUGGAUGUACAUACUGUCUUUUUUUGUAAGCUGAAUUAAAAGAAGAAAUAUUUAUAAACUAAUUAAAAAAUCUUUACCAUUUAAA